UCUUCAUUGAUUAUCUGCCAGACUUGAACACCCUGUUGCGACUCCUGUAUAUUUUGGUGUAAGAAACAAAGAGAGAGAGAGAGAGAGAGAGAGAGAGAGAGAGAGAGAGGUGAGUAUGUUCUUCACCUUAAAAGGUCUCAACAACCCUUUCCGAAACAUUUAUAAUGGUGUUUAGUAAGAGUGAGAAACAUGUCUAUGAAACCAGUCUGGCCAUAAUAACUGCUUCACCUAUAAAUCUAUCUCUUCUCCCAUAAAACAUUAUCAUUGAUACUACACUACACUCACUAGUAUUACUCAACUCUUUUUCCUAACAUAACCUCUUCUUUCUUCACUUUUUUCUUCCCUCCAAGGAUUCUCCAUUUUCUCAAACUCAUACACACAAAACCCUUUUCAUGAAAAUGCUUCUCAGUCUGAUUUAUUCUUAAAGCUUUGAGUAUUUGAUUCUUCGUUUGACAACGUCUGUGCAAAUCAAAAAAUGGAAACUUGUACGGCUCUAUUGCUUUUAACGGCGAUCACAGCAUACUUACUAUGGUUUACGUUCAUCUCACGGUCUCUGAGAGGUCCACGUGUCUGGCCCUUAUUGGGCAGUCUCCCGGGCUUAAUCGAGAAUUGUGAACGCAUGCAUGACUGGAUCUGCGACAACCUCCGCGCGUGUGGCGGCACGUACCAGACCUGCAUCUGUGCAAUCCCUUUCCUAGCUAAGAAGCAGGGUCUCGUGACUGUCACGUGUGACCCGAGGAACUUGGAGCAUAUACUCAAAACCCGGUUCGACAAUUACCCCAAGGGUCCCACUUGGCAUGCUGUUUUUCAUGAUCUGUUGGGUGAUGGGAUCUUUAACUCUGAUGGUGACACGUGGCUGUUUCAGCGUAAGACUGCCGCACUGGAAUUCACCACCCGGACACUGCGGCAAGCCAUGGCUCGCUGGGUGACUCGAGCCAUCAAGGACCGGCUUUGCCUUAUCCUCAAGAAAGCCGAACUCGAAGCCGAGCCGGUUGAUUUACAAGACUUGAUGCUUCGGCUCACAUUUGACAACAUUUGUGGCUUGGCUUUUGGGAGGGACCCACAAACCUGUGCAUCGGGGUUGCCGGAGAAUGGCUUUGCCAUCGCAUUCGACCGAGCUACUGAAGCCUCGCUCCAACGGUUCAUAUUGCCGGAGGUGUUAUGGAAAAUGAAGAAAUGGCUUGGGCUUGGGCUUGAAGUCAGCUUGAGCCGAAGCCUUGUCCACGUGGACAAUCAUCUCUCAAGUGUUAUUGAGAAACGCAAGGUGGAAUUGCUGAGUCAGCAAAACGAUGGGACAACAUUACACGAUGACUUGUUGACUAGGUUUAUGAAGAAAAAGGAAUCUUAUUCUGAUAAGUUUCUUCAACAUGUGGCAUUAAAUUUCAUCCUAGCUGGACGUGACACGUCAUCAGUGGCGUUGAGCUGGUUUUUCUGGUUGGUGAUUCAGAAUCCAAGGGUGGAGGAGAAGAUCCUACGUGAGAUUUGCACGGUCUUGAUGGAAACACGUGGCGAUGACAUGGCUAAGUGGUUGGUUGAGCCAUUGGUGUUUGAGGAAGUUGACCGUUUGGUUUAUCUAAAGGCUGCAUUGUCUGAGACACUAAGGUUGUACCCUUCGGUGCCGGAGGAUUCAAAGCAUGUUGUUGCCGACGAUAUUUUGCCGGACGGCACGUUCGUGCCGGCCGGAUCAUCGGUGACGUAUUCGAUAUAUUCGGCGGGGAGGUUGAGAUCAACAUGGGGUGAGGAUUGCAUGGAGUUUAGGCCUGAAAGGUGGUUGUCAUUGGAUGGGAAAAAAUUCAUGAUGCAUGAUUCUUUCAAAUUUGUUGCAUUCAAUGCUGGUCCAAGGAUAUGUUUGGGGAAGGAUUUGGCAUACCUACAGAUGAAGUCCAUCGCCGCUGCGGUCCUGCUCCGCCACCGGCUUGUGGUGGUGCCUGGCCAUUUGGUAGAGCAAAAGAUGUCACUCACAUUGUUCAUGAAAAAUGGGCUGAAGGUAAAUGUGCAUGAAAGGGAUUUGAGGGGGAUUUUGAAAAGUAUACAAAAAGAAAAGGGAGAGUCUAUAGGUUUGAUUUGCAAUGGAAAUUGAGUUCACUGGAUGGAGCAGAGGCUAUUAGAGAUUUUAGCAUGUGGAUUCAAGUUCAAAGGAGGAUAAUUAGGCCAAUGGUGAUUUAACUUAAAGAACAAGAGAGAACAUAAUUUCCUUUAUAUAAGAAAAUAGGGUAUAUUCAUGGUAUGUUAUAAAUUUAUAAUUCAUAUGAGAAUUGUGUAUGGAUUUCUUUUUUUAUUUUUUUAUUUUCAUUUUAUGAUCGUGGGGUGGAUGAAUGCUUUAUCAAUCCAUCUCUUCCUUGUAGAAGAAU